AUGGAGUACGCGUUGCUUGUUUCACAAUACCAUGUCAAAGAUACUUGGUCUGAAACAGUUAAGGGUAUAAUAUUACCGGUUCCAAAUCCAAAGGAUAUUAAUAUUUCCGCAGAUAUACUAAAGGUCGACCUUUAUCCACCAAAGACGAAAAGAACGAAGGGAAAGCCAGGCAUUAAAAGAAAACUUGGAGCCUCCGAUUAUGCGGAGGGCCCGAGGAAAAAGAAGAAGCUGAACAAGUGUUCUAGGUGUUUUAAGGAAGGUCACAAGAAGAUUACAUGCAAGGAACCGGUCAACCGACAAGAUACGGUUGAGGUGUACGACCAUAAACGGCAAGUAGAAGCAGUUGAAACAUCUUUUGGAUUGAACUCACAGACGGCUGAAGGGGAAGGGGUGGAAGGUUCGAAGGAUAAAGAUAGUGGAGCGGCUGUAGAUGGGGUUAAUCCGGCCUCGGGCAAUAUGCUACAACAAGAUAAGCAAAAGAGUUGUGCACUAGGAACAGGAGUGGAGAAUGGAAGUAAAAAGCGGGCUCACGUUGAAACAGCUGAAGAUGCCGUUUGUGAGGUUAAUCUGGAUAAUGAAGAUGAAGAUAAAGAUGACGAUGAAGAUAAAGAUAAAGAUGACGAGGACUAUGUUGAUAAUGAAGAUGAAUAUGAAGAUGAAAAUGAAGAUGAUGAUGAUGCUGAAAAUGAAGAUAAAGAUGAAGGUGACGGUGACGGUGGAAAUGAAGAUAAAAAUGACGGCUAUGUCUUGACAAAUCUAAUUGAUCCUUCUGAUGAUAUCAAGACGGCUAUGUCUUCUGAAACUCCUGAUUUGUCAACUGUCACUUCUUUAACUGAUAUCUCAAGCAUGCCGACUGAGAUUGCAAAUCAUUCUUCGAUGAAAGCUCCAAGGAAGGAGAUCAACCAAGUCCGGCAAGUAGAAGCAGUUGAAGCAUCUUUUGGAUUAAACUCACAGACGGCUGAAGGGGUGCAAGGUUCGAAGGAUAAAGAUAGUGGAGCGGCUGUAGAUGGGGUUAAUCCGGCUUCGGGUAAUAUGCUACAACAAGAGAAGCAAAAGCGUUGUGCACUAGGAACAGUAGUGGAGAAUGGAAGUAAAAAGCGGGCUCACGUUGAAGCAGCUGAAGAUGCCUUUUGUGGGGUUAAUCCGGAUAAUAUGCAUCAACAAAACUAUACGCUACAAGAGAAGGAAAAGAGGGCUAACAUUGAAGCAGUUUCAGAAGAAAACAAAAGAGAUCACGUUGAAGAUGAAGAUAAGGUUGAAGAUGACGAGGACUAUGUUGAUAAUGAUGAUGAAUAUGAAAAUGAAGAUGAUGAUGAUGCUGAAGAUGAAGUUGAAGAUGAAGGUGACGGUGACGGUGGAAAUGAAGAUAAAGAUGACGGCUAUGUCUUGACAAACCUAAUUGAUCUUUUUGUUGAUAGCAAUACGGUUAUGUCUUCUGAAACUCUUGAUUUGUCAACUGUCACUUCUUUAACUGAUCUUGUAAACAAGCACUGGAGCAUCAACUUACAUCUCUAUCUCUAA